CCGAUCAGCCAUCAUAAACUUUUCUCCACUUACAUGCGGUUGACAAUCUAUAAAUAAUAGUGCUGUGUUGUGAAAAUGUUACCUUCAAGAUUAUUACCUGCGUUUUUACCCCUUCUUCUACAAAUUAAUUCCGGAAACGACCACGAGCUUAAUGAAAGUACUGCCUUGCUGUUGUGUAUGCUUUUGGAGUAUAUACUCAUUAAUUUGAAAACGCAAGAGAGGAUUCGACAACAACGCCGGCUCAGAUACCUUCGGUAUGCGGAGGAACAACGCGAACUAGGGCAGAUUAUGUUCGUCUUACAUACAAGUCAGGAUGCAACCACCGCUAGAAGGCGGCUCUGGCGAAAAAAGAAGAGUGUCCAUUGGUGGGAAACCAUUGUGCCUUUGUAUUCUGAUAAAGACUUUAUCGAAAAUUUCAGGUUAAACAAAGAAACGUUCAAAUAUGUUGUCGACGAGCUGCGACCAUUCAUCGAGAAGUCCGAGAACAACAACGGUCCAACAUUUUCUACCGAAUGGAGGGUUGCUAUGACGCUGUACAGGCUAUCAUCGGGGAUUCCAUUCAAUAGAACUGCUAAUCAGUUUGGCUCUGCCAAAUCGACAGCUUGCACUAUAUACCACGAAGUUUGUGAAGCUAUUGAAGCUGUAUUAAUGCCAAAAUUCAUUACUUUUCCAACUGGACAAGAACUUAAGAAAAACAUUGAGAAAUUUAAAAUGAAGGGUGGCUUCCCUCAAGUUGUUGGUGCGAUAGAUGGUACCCACAUUGCAAUUAUUGCACCAAGGGAUCAGCCUCAAGACUAUUACAACAGGAAGGAAUAUUAUAGCAUCGUACUCCAAGGUGUUGUUGAUGCCAACGGCAUGUUCAUAGACACAUUUUGUGGCAUGCCAGGAAGUGUAAACGAUGCCAGGGUCUUCCACAUUUCUAACUUUGGCGAAGCGAUAAAGGAUGGAAAGAUUUUCAAACCUUAUAUUGAAGAGACUUUAAAUGGAACAAACAUACCUCCAUUGAUAUUAGGAGAUGGGGCUUACCCAUUAUUAACCAAUUUAAUGAGACCAUUUCCAAACCGUCCAAACAAGCCAAGGGAACAAACUCGUUUUAAUUAUAAGUUAUCCCAAUGUAGGGUUAUUGUUGAACACGCUUUUGGGAGGUUGAAGGGCAGAUGGCGGAUAUUACUAAAACGAAAUGAGCAUGAGACGCAUAAGCUGCGCCCAGUUGUACAAGCUUGUUGUACAUUGCACAAUAUAUGCACAAGUAAUGGCGUUCCAUAUCGAAAUGCAUGGACUGAUGAUGAGGUUAGGAACAGCCUAUCUAACCAACCCACCAGAGUAAAUCGUAUUGUUCAAGGUCCAAGGGCCGAGCAAGUUAGAAAUGCCAUUAUUACAGAAUUAAUAAAAACCGAGUAAGUUUUUUGCGCCUGGAAACACAGGCUCAAAGUUAGUUUAUGACAACAUUGUAAUAUUGCUUUUGUUGGUUUAUGCUCGUGUGGGGGUGUGUGUAUACAUGUAAAUACAUAAAAAAAAGUUUUUUCUGAAUAAAUUAUUUACUUGCAUGAA